CUCUUACUUCUUUUCUUGGCUAAGCCGCGUUUGUACUGUGUCUUACCAUGCCUGAACCGGCAAAAUCCGCUCCGGCUCCUAAAAAGGGCUCCAAGAAAGCCGUCACCAAAGCCCAGAAGAAAGACGGCAAGAAGCGCAAGCGCAGCCGCAAGGAGAGCUACUCCAUCUACGUGUACAAGGUGCUGAAGCAGGUCCACCCCGACACCGGCAUCUCGUCCAAGGCCAUGGGCAUAAUGAACUCCUUCGUCAACGACAUUUUCGAGCGCAUCGCGGGAGAGGCGUCCCGCCUGGCGCACUACAACAAGCGCUCCACCAUCACGUCCCGCGAGAUCCAGACGGCCGUGCGCCUGCUGCUGCCCGGCGAGCUGGCCAAGCACGCCGUGUCCGAGGGCACCAAGGCUGUCACCAAGUACACCAGCUCCAAGUGAGUCCCUGCCGGGACCUGGCGCUCGCUCGCUCGAGUCGCCGGCUGCUUGACUCCAAAGGCUCUUUUCAGAGCCACCCACCUAAUCAGUAGAAAAGAGCUUGUUCACUUACUCCCUUAGUUUCUUCUCAUAAAGUAAGUUAUUUUAGUGUAAAGGUCAUGGGAAGUGGCACACAUAGCUUUUUAACCAUUUGGAACUUGAGGUCCCUGGUGCAUGAUUGGAUUUGCUUUUCAAUCUAGAGCGUGUCUUCACUCAUUGUGCUGCUUAGCUUUCCCAGGAGUCGGUUCUCAAUUAGGAUGUUGGGAAUCCGCCUCUUUACCCGCCCCCACUCGCGCCCCACACUGGCGCCCUGGUGGCUUCUUGGGUCUGUUUCAUUCUAAAAACGAAGUGGCUGAGUUCGGGCUGUUAUUUAAGAGAACUCCAGGCACACAAAUUCCAGCCCAGGUUCCGCAAACACUGCGUGACAGCUCUGUAUGACUGACGCUUGGCAGCACCUUUUGU